GAACAACAUCCUGGAACGGACCUCUUAUCGACCAGCUUUUACACCUAGUCACCGUGGGACAAUUCAGGAAGAAACGAGUUCGCGAUAUCGAAUUUUUCGUGAGUCACGAGUCGAUGGUAUCGUACAUGUACAAUUGGAUUCCAUAAAAUGGACGCGCAGACCAAGGGUAACAGCGCAUCGACGCUCCAAUGGCCGGAUUAUCUUGUCAUCGGUGUAAUGCUGUCGAUCUCGUCCGGCAUUGGGCUUUACUACCGAUUCACCGGCGGCAGACAACGAACAGCCGAGGAAUACUUCUCCGCCAAUCGAUCGAUGGGCGCCAUUCCUCUGUCGAUCGCUCUGACGGUCUCUUUCAUGUCGGCGAUCACCCUGCUCGGAAUCAGCGCCGAAACUUACUCCCACGGCACGCAAUUCACCCUGUUAUACUUAGGCGGUUUCAUUGGUACACCGAUCAUCAUAUAUUUCUACCUUCCAGUCUUCUCCGAGCUGAAGAUCAUAAGCGUCUACGAGUACCUGGAGAAACGAUUCGGAGUUAAAGCACGAUUGUUGACGAGCCUCACCAACUUCCUGCAAUUGAUACUGUAUACCGCAGUAGUACUCUUCGCGCCUUCAUUGGCCCUAGAGGCAACGACUGGUCUGUCGGGCGACAUGAGCGUCCUGCUGAUCGGUCUGAUCUGUACCUUCUACUCGACCGUAGGUGGUAUCAAGGCUGUGUUGAUCACGGAUGUGUUUCAAGGAAUACUGAUGUUCGCUGCACUUGCUAGCGUUCUCGGGGUUGCGAGUAGCGUCCUCGACGGAGGCUUGUCCAACGUGUGGAGUAUCGCUCAGAAGGGCGGACGAAUCGAUUUCUUCGAUUUCAGAUUCGAUCCUACGAUACGACACACGUGGUGGUGUAUGCUGAUCGGAGGGACGACCCUAUUCUUGUCCCUCUACGCCGUGAACCAGGUUCAGGUGCAGCGUUUACUCGCCGCAAAGAGCACGAAGGCGGCGCAAAACGCGCUUAUACUGAGCGGUCCGAUCACUUUGUCGCUGGGAAGUCUGACAGCGUUCUCUGGCCUGGUACUCUACGCCAUUUACAAGGACUGUGAUCCAUUCAAGUCCGGUCAGAUCUCAUCCUUCGACAAAAUAGUGCCCUUCUUCGCGGCCAAUAAGAUGUCACGAUUCCCAGGCACGGCUGGUCUCUUUAUCGCGGGUGUCUUUAGCGCAAGCCUCAGCACCAUAUCCGCCGCGUUGAAUUCCCUAGCCGCAGUAGAGUUGGAGGAUUACGUGAAACCCGUGUGCAACAAGCUUGGCGUGCACAUCCCCGAUGAAAGAGCAACGCUGAUCGGCAAAGUGCUCGUCGUGGCAAACGGUUUCGUUUGCUUGGCUCUGGCCUACUUGUGCAAAGCGAUAGAAAACAUGGUUGAAGCAGCAGUUGGAAUCACUGGGGCGAUUGCCGGGCCUCUCCUUGGCAUCUUCACACUGGGGAUGUUCUUCGAAAGCGCGAACGAGACGGGAGCCAUUGUGGGAACGAUUACCGCGUUGAUAAUUUGCUUUUGGUCGAUGAUUGGAAAGUAUGGCUUAAAGGCACCGAAUCUUCCGCUGUCCAUUGCUGGCUGCGACAGAAAUAUCCUUCUGGCUAAUUACGGCAAACUUCCAACGUUCACCGAUACCACUCCGAAGUUUUACCUGUACCGCAUUUCAUACAUGUGGUACAGCCCCAUGGGGUUGUUCAUCACGUUGGUUGUCGGAUAUUUAACGAGCUUGGCUGCGAAGAGGAUAUUCCACAAGAACGCGCGUGAACCGGAUCCCAAUUUGUUCGUCCCUCUCCUGGCAUCCAGAAUCAGACGUCGACGACUAAACGCAGACAAGACCACGAACAGUCAAAUGUUCGUUUUGGAGUCCAGAAAAUGAGACGAGCAAGCGAACUACAUUUUCACGAAGGAUACUGGUUCUUCAAAGUGAUUCUACGCUGAACUUCUUCAUAGACAUCUCUCGCAAGAUCGACUAGAAGAUCCGGAUGUCCAAAUUAAUUGACUGUUUACGAUCACUUUUUACUACAUCUGCGAGAGCUACAAUACUGACUCCUGAAUCCGAACUCGGAGACUAACAUUAGGUUUUCAAGCUUAUUCUGCACCAGACAUCUACACGGACAUUCAGCGUAGAAUCAGUCAGACCUAGAUAAAAUACUACCCGAAUAAGAGAUGACGAAUAAUGUAGCUAUUCAUUUGUUAUGUGUAUUCGAUCAACCAACUACUCAGAUAAACUUACGAUCAUUCAAUGAGAGAUUUAAUUUAAUUUUAUGAAUCGAAUUGUAAGUUUUAUAUAGCAAAUAACAAAUCGAAAGCUGCCUAUUUUUUAUUUAUUAUGAUAAGUAAACUGCGAAUUUUAUUCAUUUAUGAUACAAGCGAAUACGACAAAUAUAUAUUAAACAUAACGAAAAUGUUUUGCACUUAUGCAAAACGAAUAUUAAUUAAUCUUAUUAUAAUAGUUAAUAGAAUAUAUUUUACAUACAUGUUCUAUGUUUUCCAUAUUAGUGUACGGCAUAAAUGUAUAAAAUUCGGAGUCAAAUAAUAAGAAUUUAUGAUGUUUACAUCUUUUGAUUUCAACUUGAACGAUUAAUUAAUAGAACACUGAAAAAUGCCUGCAGCAUUGAACAAUGAGGCCUAUGUAUUAUGUAUUAUUACUACAUAACGAUACUACCAUUACCAACAUUUGUAUAUAGAUUUUAUUAGAUCAACUUAUUAGAUUGUAACAUUAUUUACUACAUACAUAUGUGUUCCACGCAGAACUUCUAUACCUUUCGGUUAUUCUACCAUAUUGUUUUCUAUGCAAGAAUGUUAUUUCUUUAUUUAAAGAGGACAAUACUCUUCAACGUUCAAUAUGUCGUUUAUAUAAUAAAUAACGAAUAAAACAGAUGCUUAAUAAAACAAUAUCGAUUACCUUUGAUACAUACAGGAACAAAGAAGAAAAAGGGUACUUUAAGAUCAAAUGGAUAAAUGUACUACUCCAAUGUUUUAAGAAAUAGAUUCCUCUUGAAUAAUAUUAGGUUCACCCAAGAGGCCAAAAGUUUCUUUCGCAACGUAUACUCAACUGUUUUGUCUGACAGCGUUUAUAUAACUAAACUAUCGAACUUAAUCGAACCAUUCGAGCACUUACAAAAUAAUACGUAUCAAAUUAUUCAAAUAGUCCCAACUCUAGUUCAAAGCCAAAUUAUUUAAUACCAUCGUACGCGCCAAAUGUAAUAUCGAUCGAUUCAACUAUGUUUCUAUCAAUGAUACUCGUUAAUAAAAUAU